AGUUCCUUUAGAUCUGAAUACUUUCUCCUCUCUUCUGUCAAAGCCAAACUUCAGAGCUCCUUCGAGCCCCCAAACCACCCCACCCCCUACCCAACAGAAAAGUGUCUGGAGUUCCGAGAGCAAUGUGUAAUUCGAUCUCUAGGGACCGAGGAUCCAGGAUUUCUCAGGGACUCCGCUGCCAAUGGCCAGAGCUCAACUGUAGGCAGCUGCAGCUGCGGCCCCACUUUUCGGCCGAGGACUCCCGGUGUAGCGGCUCCCACUCCCCCCUCGCCCGCCCCUUCCCCUCCCUCCCCAACCCCCUCCCCCUUUCCUUGGAAGCGCUGAGUAAGCCCGUGGCCCCAGAGGGUAGGGACGAGGCGCUGCGGGAGCCGAGCUGGUGGCAUGUCCGAGUCCAGCUACAAGUGCCCCGAAGCUGCAACCGCCCCUGCGAGGUGAGGGAGCCCCAAGGCUGGGCCGGGGUGGGAGCUGAGUUUCCUCCUAGAAGAGGUUGGAGCGCUGGAAGAUGCAUUUAGAUGGGGAUGGGGGGUGAUGGUGGCCGGUUGACAGAGGAGUCUUAGGGAUCAAGUUCCCAGGUGGGAACUAGCCGAUGGGAGAUUUUUAACUUGGUGAUCCGAGAAAAGUGAAUCCAACUUCUCCUUCACUUCCUCCCCCAAGAAGGCAUCAGACCCCGACCCUGCUGCUCCUCUGCUGAGAGGAGGAAGGGGAGAGACUUUCAAAGCCUAGGUGAUCAGAUGGCCAGUGACCAGUGUGCCAGGUAGCAUUCCAUGCCACCCUUGAAUGCCAACAGGAAUUCAUUGGGACAGCGAAUCAUCUUUGAAACUACAACUGAGUUGUUUGGAGUAACUUGGCAAAGGAUAGAAGUCAUCAGUCCUAAAUAUGGCAGCACCAAAGAGAACUUUGUACAUUUCCCCACCUGAUGGAGGGUGGGGUUGGAUGAUUGUGGCUGGCUGUUUCCUUGUCACCAUCUGCACCAGGGCAGUCACAAGAUGUAUCUCCAUUUUUUUUGUGGAGUUCCAGACAUAUUUUGCUCAGGAUUAUGCACAAACAGCAUGGAUCCAUUCCAUUGUAGACUGUGUCACCAUGCUUUGUGCUCCACUUGGGAGUGUUGUCAGUAACCAUUUAUCCUGUCAAGUGGGAAUCAUGCUGGGUGGCUUGCUUGCCUCUACUGGUCUCAUCCUGAGUUCAUUUGCCACCAGCCUGAAGCACCUCUACCUCACUCUUGGAGUUCUUACAGGUCUUGGAUUUGCACUUUGCUAUUCUCCAGCCAUAGCCAUGGUGGGCAAGUAUUUUAACAAAAGGAGAGCCCUUGCCUAUGGCAUAGCUAUGUCAGGCAGUGGAAUUGGGACCUUUAUUUUGGCCCCUGUGGUUCAGCUUCUGAUCGAGCAGUUCUCCUGGCGUGGGGCAUUACUCAUUCUUGGAGGCUUUGUUUUGAACCUCUGUGUUUGUGGUGCCUUGAUGCGACCCAUCACCCUGAAGGAAGACCACAAAAAGCCUCCUGAACAGGACUCUUCCUCCAAAACACCGAAAGGGGACUUACUGCCUUUGUCGCUCUGUUCACCUUUACUGGAAGAAUGUACUCAGCCCUGUUUGUGCUGCUCCCUGAAGCAAGAAUACCACUUCUUACUCAAAGCUGACUUUGUGGUGUUUGCCACAUCCAUCUUGUUCAUGGCUUAUGGCUGCAGCCCUCUCUUUGUGUACCUGGUGCCUUAUGCUCUGAGUGUUGGAGUGAGUCAUCAGCAAGCUGCAUUUCUCAUGUCCAUACUUGGCGUGAUUAACAUUGUUGGCAAUGUUACUUUUGGAUGGCUGACAGAUAGAAGGUGCCUGAAGAACUCCCGAUACAUUUGCUACCUCUUUGCUGUGGGAUUAGAUGGUCUCUGUUACCUCUUCCUUCCAAUGCUCCAAAGUUUCCCCCUGCUCAUGCCUUUUUCUUGUACCUUUGGCUACUUUGAUGGUGCCUAUGUGACCCUGAUCCCUGUAGUAACUGCCGAAGUGGUGGGGACCACCUCCUUGUCAUCAGCUCUUGGUGUGGUGUACUUCCUCCAUGCAGUCCCAUACCUAGUGAGCCCACCCAUUGCAGGAUGGCUGGUCGAUACCACUGGAAGCUACACUGCAGCUUUUCUUCUCUGUGGAUUUUCAAUGAUCUUCAGUUCUAUAUUACUUAGCUUUGCUAGACUUAUAAAAAAGAUGAAAACAUCCCAUUUACAAUCUCUUGACAAAGAGCCUGGCCCCAAACUGCAGCUUUGGCCUAAUGGAACAGUAGCUUAUUCCGUAGCAGGAGAAGUAGACCAAAAGGAUGGGGACUUGAUGACCACUGGAGGACCAAGUUACAACACAUGACCAAUACACAUGAAGCCUGGAACCAUUCAGAGGUGUGAGAACUGGGGCCAUAGUGUAGAUUCAUUCUCUUCCUGAAUCACAAUCUCUCAAGUGAAUGAUUAUCUGUUAUAUUUUUAUAGGGGAAAAGAUAAUGGAUAUAAAAAGGCAAAUGAUAAAGGAAAACUGGA